GGAUUAAAAGAACUUACAAAUCCAAAUAACCCCUAGCUCUUACAAAAUCUCUUUUUUCCCUAGUCUGCAUAUACACUUAGCCGCCGCAACAGCCAAUCUCUCUCAGAUAUCAGUGUCCAGGAGGUGAAUUCUUAUUUACAAUCAGCCAAACAUGUCAGGGGAAGAUGCAGUUGUUGUGGACACUCCAGCUCCAGCAGCAGCACCAGCUUUAGGUGAGCCAAUGGACAUUAUGACAGCCUUGCAGCUUGUGUUGAAAAAAUCACUCGCACAUGGAGGACUUGCCCGUGGCCUUCAUGAAGGUGCUAAAGUGAUUGAAAAGCAUGCUGCACAACUUUGUGUGGUUGCAGAGGAUUGUAACCAGCCAGACUAUGUUAAACUGGUGAAAGCACUUUGUGCUGAUCACAAUGUCAGCUUGAUUUCAGUUCCAGCUGCAAAGACUCUUGGAGAGUGGGCUGGUUUAUGCAAAAUCGACUCUGAAGGCAAUGCUCGGAAGGUAGUUGGAUGUUCAUGUGUUGUUGUGAAGGAUUUUGGAGAAGAAAGUGAAGGGCUUAAUACAGUUCAAGCACAUGUGAAAUCCAACUAGACACUGGAGCGUCUAAAUUUAUAAUGUUUAGGGUACUUAUGAAUUUUGACUGCUAGACCAACCUGUUUUUUUCUACCUAUUCCGGUUUAUCUGUGAUAAGAUUUUUCUCUUAUUUUUCAAUGUACUGUGGUCUUGCACCAA